AUGGGAAGGGAAAAGAAUGCUCUAACAGCGUAUAUGCUCGUAGCUCUUCUUAUGGUUUUUCUAAAUGGUGUUGAGGGUGGAGAUACUCUUCGCCUGGGCGAUUCAAUCAGUGGAACUGGAGAUCAGACCUUACUUUCAAAGAAUGGCAAAUUUGAAUUGGGAUUCUUCAGCCCAGAUGAAAAUAAUACCAAUUGGUAUAUUGGCAUCUGGUAUACCAACAUGGCAGACAGGGCGAUCGUUUGGGUGGCAAACAGGGAAACUCCAGUGAGCGAAGAGUCCGGCGUUUUGAAUGUGUCGAGAGAUGGUUACCUUGCGCUGUUCGACGCCCAGGGCGCGCUUGUUUGGUCGCCGAAUGUGAGCAAGAAGGCGUCCCGUGCUGUUAUCUUGGAUUCUGGUAAUUUUCUAGUGUUGGGAGGCGAAAAUCAUUCUGAGAUUAUUUGGCAGAGCUUCGAUCAUCCCGGAGACAGCUGGUUGCCAGGGAUGAAGUUGCGAAGAGGCCAAAAGUUGGUGCCAUGGAAGAAUUCUUUCGAUCCAGCUUGCCAAAAAAUUCGUGCUACGCUGGAACAAUUCCGUGCAGUACUGGGAGAACCAAUUUUUAGAUGUUGA